AUGGCUUCUUCUUCUUCUUCCUCUUCCUUCUUAUUCGCCGAGCCCACUCCUACCGACAACAAUGGAUCAUCAUCAUCAUCAGCUCCAGCUUCAUCAUCCUCGCCGAUCACCAACAUGGCCCCAGAUCACCUCUUCACAGUCCUGCUCCUGCUCCCCGUCGAAUCGAUCCUUUCCUUCGCCGCCGCUUGCAAGAGGUUCAGGUCCCUCGCGACUUCGGACACGCUCUGGGAGUCUGUCUGCACCAGGGAAUUCGGGGCUUCCUCCGUCGACGCACUCAGAUCUUCCCUCCUCCCCAAUUUGAGAAACGUUGCUGCGAAGCCGUGGAUGGCGAUGUACAGAAAGGUGUCUCGGCUCGACACCGUGUCUUGCCGCAGGCUUCUUCCCGACCCGGACGCUGCUGAAUUGGGUGGGAUUCCCAGCCCAAGGGCUUCUCACUCCCUCAACUUCAUAUCUGAUUGCUUGGUCCUCUUUGGCGGCGGCUGCGAAGGAGGACGCCAUCUUGACGAGACAUGGAUAGCAUACGUUGGCAGCAACUCUCAAACAAUGAUAAAAUGGCAGAAAGUCAGUACAGGGAUCCCAAGUGGUAGGUUUGGGCAUACAUGCGUUGCCAUUGGGAAUUAUGUCAUCCUCUUUGGAGGAAUCAAUGACCGUGGAGUCCGUCACAAUGACACAUGGGUUGGGCGAGUGCUAUCCACGGAGAAUAAUGUUGGCGGUGGUGGAAUCACAUUGUCGUGGCGACUGCUCGAUCUUGAUCUGGGUUCCUCCAGGGCGCCACCACCAAGGGGUGCUCAUGCUGCCUGUUGCUUCGAGAGGAAGAUGGUCAUCCAGGGAGGCAUAGGGCUUUAUGGCCUGAGGUUAGGCGACACAUGGGUUUUGGAACCAGCAGAAGACUUCUGUUCAGGAACAUGGCGCGAGCUACUGACUUAUCCAGCACCUCCACCGCGAUCAGGGCACUCGUUGUCCUGCAUUGGAGGAACCAAAAUGGUUCUCUUCGGAGGAAGAGGGCUGGGAUAUGAGGCCAUGGAUGACUUGUGGCUCCUGCAAAUAUCUGAAAGUGGUGAUCUCAUGUGGGUGCAGGUCAUGUAUGAGAAUCAGAAGGUGCCUGAAGGAGUGUCGCUGAGACGAGUUGGUCAUUCGGCUACCCCAAUCUUGGGAGGGCGGCUGCUGAUCCACGGAGGAGAAGAUUCACUAAGGCACAGAAAAGAUGACUUCUUGAUUCUGGACAUUGAGGCGGUUUUGCCUAUCAGAGAACAGCUGCCACCGCCGGCGUUGAAUACCAGGAGAUUGCAGCAGGCAUCGUCUAGUUUGUGGAAGAGGAUCAAUGUAAAGGGUCAUAAACCAAACCGUAGGUCAUUCCAUAGAGCUUGUGGAGAUCAAUCAGGGCGUUAUCUGUAUCUGUAUGGUGGGAUGGUGGAUGGUUUGCUUCAGCCUGGUGAAGCUGCUGGUUUGCGGUUUGAUGGGGAGCUCUUUGUUGUGGAACUUUUUCAGUAG